AUGCCUUGUUCAUUUUGUGGCACCUUGCCAGGUCUUCCAGCGAUUCCUUCGGUGACGCAGCAAUUUCGUUCACCCCGCUUGAAGAGGUUGUUAAGCCAAAAUGAGCCUCCCUUGGAGACGGAGAGAUCCACUCUACGCGAGACCAUCACGACCGGCACGGCUGCAGUUUCUCUGCUCGAUGACAGGAUACUGAAGGCACAGAGACUCUUGGACACCUUUAUUAAUAAAAGAGAACAGGUGAAGUUGUGCAUCGACGACGCCCGAUCUCUUUUGCAUCCUAUUCGCUCCAUUAACGAUGAUCUCCUUCGAGAGAUCUUCUUGUGGUGUGUCUACGACUGGGUGGAUGUCAUGUACCAUUGUCAUGGUAACUGUGACUCCUUGUGUCCUCUUGAACCCCCAUGGACAUUAUCCCAUGUCAGUCAUCGGUGGCGCACCAUCUCUCUCUCAUCGCCGUGCUUGUGGACCUCGGUCAUUUUGAACUUCUCCAUUUAUUCUGAGCUCAUGAUUCCAUACCGAUAUAUCAUGUUCAACCCAUCCGAUCUUGGCCAUGCUGGACGCCAGCUCGUCCAGAUGGAAGUAAAGUCCCUCUCUGGGAAUCUUUUCUCGAGACUGGACACUCUCAUUGUCCGUAUCGAGGCCCGACGAAUGUCGCCGGCACGGAACAUGAAGAUUGAUACCUUCCAAUCCGCCUCUCAGCUCCGAUGUUUUCAAACCAUCAACGAUGCGGAUCCCUCACGUAUCUUACUCCUUCCUUGGUCGAACUUGACCAGGUACAAAUGCUCCGAUGCCUUGAGCCCCAACAACAUCGCUAUCCUUCCACAGCUGACUUCUGUCAAAACGUUGAUAUUCUAUUUCAAAAGCGACCCAAAAACCCCGACAGGUGGCGCGCCGAUAGUCAUGUCGUCGGUAAUAAAGCUUAACGUGUACGAGUUAUCAAAGUUACCGGAGGAUGCCAUUUCCCGUCUCUUCGAUUCAGUCACAUUCCCUUCAGCUACAUACGUCAACAUCAAUUUCAAAAUGGACCAUGAUCGCAUCCCUCGUUUUCCCAUGCUUGCGGUGUGUGGCAAACUGGAAACCCUUCGGCUCAGGUUGAACGUAUCCUCUGAUCAGAAUGUCAGAGCGCUUCUUGAGUGCCUCAAAGCCGUCGACAGCGUUGCACACCUCCAGCUAUGUAUAAAGGUCGUUCCGGAUGCUCUGUUAAACGGUUUCGUCAUCUCGCCUCAAUCACACCAUAUCCUCCCGAACCUCCAAACUCUCACUUUACACCUCUUAGCCUCUACUGGAGUUGCUGACUUUACUCCAGCCGUCUUGUUCCGGUUUGCUGAAAGGACUCCGGCUUAAAUCAUGGCGCAAGCUCAUUUUCGACAAUUUGGAGAACCAGAGGAGCUGGAAAGAGAUAUGCGAGGGGAUAAGAGUGGUUUAUGAUUAAUUUAAAAACAUGGAAAGCGUACUACGUGCCGCGGCCUGAACCACGUCGAAAUAUUGGACUCGGUAGCCAUGUCCUUCGACGGUGGAAGUGGGUCAACCUUGUCACGCUCGUUAAAAAGGGCUCUGCUCGCAUGGUGGAAGAGGCGGUGUCGACGCGGUAAUCAAAUGACUCCCACGCCUCUUUCGCGAGGCUUGCCAAUGAGUAUUUGAUGGCUGUAAUGGUCAG